GGAAACAGGAAGGGCUUCAUGGGAAAGGAUCAGUAACAGUUUUGUAGGAGAACGGCCCCUCCCUUUCUUUUGCUUUUGUUUUCUGAGCAAGUAAAGUUCUGCAGGAACAAGACCCAAUUUCUUCCAGAAGAUAAUGUUUUGCGAAGACAAAGAAAUCGGGAGAUAAAAUGACAGCUCGAGAGUUCUUCUGUUAAACAAGAGUUCCUGAACAAGGAGAGGAAACCCAACUUCCUCCGCAGAGUGUCAGAAGCAAGCAGCUGAGUGUCGGCUGGUUUUUAGCAAAGCAGCAACCAUGUCAUUCCGGUGGAGCAUCGCUGUGUUUUGCUUUCUCACUCUAUUUGACGCAGCCAGAACUUCCAGUGGUAGCUUUAGGCAACUGCCUAGUUCAAGAAUUAAUCCUGGAUUUCCUGUCCCCAUCAACACCAACGACCCAGGUGUUCGGAAAGCAGCCAGGGAUGGUGUUUACAAAUACAACAAUAGCUCCAAUGACAUCUUUCUGUUCAAAGAAUCUUGUAUAAACAAAGCCAUGGUGCAGGUUGUGAGGGGGCUGAAAUACAACCUUCAUGUCGAUAUCGCCCGGACAGUAUGCACCAAAAGGGAACACCCCAGCUUGGACCGAUGCCACUUUCAGAAGCAGAAGAAACUGAGACAAAAAUUCAGAUGUUAUUUUGAAGUCUGGCUUACUCCUUGGCUGCAGAAAACUGAGGUAUUAGUCUCCCAUUGUCAAUGAUGUCUCCUCAAAGAUGGCUAAGAGUUCUACCAGUGUCUUCUUUGCCCUGUGACAAAACUGUCAAUAAAGAAAAUGGACUGAAAA